AUGGCUUACGUUUUAACGGAAACAGCAGCAGGUUAUGCGCUUUUGAAGGCUUCUGAUAAGAAGAUACACAAAUCUUCUUCUUUGAUUGAAGACUUGAACUCUUUGCAAAAAGUUGCAGACCAAUUCAAAGUCCAUCGUUUUGAAAAGUUCCAAAGUGCAGCAAAUGCCUUAGAAGAAGCCAACUCCAUUAUGGAGGGAAAAGUUUCUGACAGCUUGAAGAAAUUGUUAGAAGAUGCCAAAUCAGACAAGAAAGCUACUUUGAUAGUAUCCGAAACAAAAUUGGGUAAUUCCAUCAAUAAAUUGGGGUUAAACUUCCAAGUUGUGUCCGAUGCAGCCUCAUUGGAUUUACACAGAGCAAUCAAGGAAUUCUUACCAGAAUUAUUGCCGGGAUUGGAUAACUCAGCCCUCAACCAGAUGUCAUUGGGUUUAGCACACUCUAUUGGUCGUCAUAAGCUUAAGUUCUCAGCAGACAAAGUUGACACUAUGAUUAUACAAGCUAUUGCAUUAUUGGACGAUUUGGAUAAAGAGUUGAACACAUACGCUAUGAGAUGUAAGGAAUGGUACGGAUGGCAUUUCCCAGAAUUGGCAAAAAUUGUCACAGACUCAGUUGCAUUUGCUAGAAUCAUUUUGACCAUGGGUGUUAGAUCCAAUGCUGCUGAAACAGAAUUGUCUGAAAUUUUACCUGAGGAAAUUGAAGAACAAGUCAAAACAGCCGCCGAAGUUUCUAUGGGUACUGAAAUCACAGAAAAUGAUUUGGAGAAUAUUAAGGCAUUGGCCGAGCAAAUUGUUGAUUUUGCUGCAUACAGAGAACAAUUAUCAAAUUAUUUAAGCUCGAGAAUGAGAGCCAUUGCACCAAACUUGACUGCCAUGGUUGGGGAAUUAGUUGGUGCUAGAUUAAUUGCACAUGCCGGAUCCUUGACCUCAUUGGCUAAAGCUCCAGCAUCUACUGUACAAAUUUUGGGAGCAGAGAAAGCCUUGUUCAGAGCAUUAAAGACUAAACACGAUACACCAAAGUACGGUAUAAUAUAUCAUGCCUCAUUGGUCGGCCAAGCUAGUGGUAAAAACAAAGGAAGAAUUGCCAGAGUUUUGGCUGCUAAAGCUGCUAUUUCUUUGAGAUACGAUUGCUUCGAUGAAGAAAGAGAUGACUCUGAGAAUUUUGGUUUGGAAAACAGAGCCAAGGUCGAAGGAAGGUUGAGUCAAUUGGAAGGAAGGGAUAUGAGAACUACUUCUAAGGUUAGCAGACAGCAACCAAAGAUUGAUAUUACCGAAGCCAGGGCAUAUAAUGCCGAUGCCGAUGCACCAGUAAGCGCUGCCCAAGACUCUGAUGAUGAAUCUGAAACAGAGGAAGUUGAUGAAAAAGUUGAGGCAAAAGAGAAGAAAUCAAAGAAAGAAAAGCGAAGUUGUUAA